AUGUCAAUCUCUCCGCCUCGAGCUCCUUUGGCUCCAGCUCCUACAACUCCUCCAGUAGGGAAUCAACAUCUCGAAAGGACUCCCACUUCAACCACCACUCAUCACUCUGAAUCUCCUAGACUAUCAACUCAGCCUCCUUUUCUCACCGCACCAGUGCCCGUGGAGUCGAUAGCGGCUCCGAUAAAAGUUUCUCUUCCUGAACCGAACAGGACCUCCGAGCCACCACCUCGGACUUCACCAAUAAGCCAGUACAAACAGCUCCCUCAACCUCAAAUAGAGGCUAAAAUCAUAUCUUCCAGACGUCCAAGCCAGUUUGACACACAAAACUCAUCAAUAUCCAAGCCCAGACCGAGCACAACUCACGGUGCCUCAGGGAUCGCCCCAGAAAACACACCUCACAUUCCCCGGGAAGCUGCGGCUCUGUGCCAGCGGGAACAGGAAAGAGAGGAGGAACUUCGUCUUUGGCGCCAGUCGGGAGAAGCCUUCGCCGGUAGACUUUUCCGAUUCUCGGAAGAUGGACAAGAUAGUACAAAUAGGAGGGAGAAGAAAGAUUCAGGUUGA